AUGCGAAAGUUGGAAAGGGGCCACAUGGGCGUGGAGGCUGAUGGUCGGCAGCUACACCAUUUACGCUUUGCUGAUGACAUCGUACUGAUAACACCUAGCAUCAGCCAAGCAGAACCAAUGCUGACCGAAUUCGAAGAAACAUGUGGAUACAUCGGUCUUCGGCUGAAUCUGCAAAAGACGAUGUUCAUGCGCAACGGAUGGGUCUCAGAUGCCCUAUUCACGCUCAACGGAACGAACAUACCGAAAUACCAUAAAGAGGGGCAUGACGGGUCGCAUGGCGUCGAUUUGUGCGUAGACGCCACAAUGCGAAUAAAAUGGCGUGAAACGGGCCCAUGUUGCCCAAAUCACACCAGCUACGUUUAUCCGGGUCGGGAAUUGAACAUGAUGAACGACCUGACCCCCGAGCAGGACAGGGGGAGACGAGCGGCUUGGGGAGCGUAUAAGAGCAUCGAGGAUGUAGUGAAGAAGACCAGGAAUACCCGGCUCCGUACUCACCCCUUCAACACCACCUGUUUUGACUUAUGCUUCGGAAACCUGGGCAUCUCGCAAGCAGGAAGAAAACGCGUUGAGCGUCAUUGA